CGUAAUCACAAUUAAACCACGCAAUUUUUUCCGGUACCCCUCUGUCAAAGAACACCCCCUCUUAUAUCCCACCUCCCUCUCUUCUUCUUCUCCCCCUCACUGAUAUUCUACGCUACCUCUCUCUCCUCUUUCUCUCUCUAGUCUCUACGCGCUUCACAGAAGUUAGUGACUUAUUUAAGGGGGAAAUAUGGGGCUUACAUUCACAAAGCUGUUUAGCCGCCUCUUCGCGAAGAAGGAGAUGAGAAUUCUUAUGGUGGGUCUCGAUGCAGCUGGUAAGACCACCAUUCUUUAUAAGCUCAAGCUUGGUGAGAUCGUCACAACCAUCCCCACUAUUGGAUUCAAUGUGGAAACUGUUGAAUACAAAAACAUCAGCUUCACUGUAUGGGAUGUCGGGGGUCAAGACAAGAUCCGUCCAUUGUGGAGGCAUUAUUUCCAAAAUACACAGGGGCUCAUCUUCGUGGUUGACAGUAAUGAUAGAGACCGUGUUGUUGAGGCAAGGGAUGAGUUGCACAGGAUGUUGAAUGAGGAUGAGCUACGCGAAGCAGUGUUGCUUGUCUUCGCUAACAAACAGGAUCUUCCUAAUGCGAUGAAUGCUGCUGAAAUUACUGAUAAGCUCGGCCUUCACUCUCUCCGACAGCGUCACUGGUAUAUUCAGAGCACUUGUGCAACCUCUGGGGAGGGACUUUAUGAAGGUUUGGAUUGGCUUUCGAACAACAUUGCAAACAAGGCUUAAGGAAUUGGAAUUUUGUCAUGGCCUGUUGGUCCUGGAUGCAGGGGUGAAGAUUAUCUAAGUCGCGUUUGUUUUUGUUAACCAUUUUUACCGUAGAAAACUCAGUUUGUGGUUGUAAUUUUGUGGACCGGAGCGAUAAGUUUUUGGCUUAGAGCUUUGCAUAUGGAUAUAUGUUACUAAAUAGCGGUUGAGCGUUGUUUGUAAACACAAGAUUCUUUGGGUUCCCAUUUGUGUAAUUGCAAUAGAUGUAACUGAAAGUUAAAUACUAGCCGUCUUUGUGAGGCUCCUGAUAGUGGUGAUUCAGUUUAGUGAUUUUGUAUUACUAUCCUUAAGUUACUUUCA